UGGCUGUGUGCGGGGGCUGCCAGGCGCCAGCCUCGUGGUGCUGGGCUGCGGCCUGGGCACAGGGUGCUGAGGUGGGAGCCUUGGCAGCGCUGCUUGUGACUGGAGGGGGGGACGGACCCAGGGGCAGCAGGAGGGGUAGUGCGGCCCCUCGAUGCCGUGGCGGGCUCAAAGGCACCAAAACCCCCUCUGGUGCGCAGUCACGGACCACCUGAGGCCCUUCGGCAGUGUGCAUCCCCUUGGGAAUUCUACUGACACGUUAGGAGGGGAACCGAAAGGCCCUCAGAUUUAACCUAACGCAUCCUGUUUGGUCUUGGAACCAGUUUCUGCUCAUUUUGUGUUUUUUUCCCCUUUCUAGAUGUAAUGUUGUACCUCAUCUUUACUGACUUUCGCAUACCAAUUUCCAGCUAUUUCCCGGGUUCUCAAAAUAAUUUUGAACGUCCUAUUUGCGUGAAAUUGUAAGAGCUUUAAGUCUCUAUGCUGCCAGUCCUGUAAAACCCACAGGACUCACUGCAGCCUCACUCAGAAUGACCGACAGCUCCGUGCCAUGCCAGUGCGGGCAUUGCCCACGGAGUCUCCGCUCUGCCGUCUGUCAGUGCCGCCUCCAUUUCCCGGCGCUGUAAGGCACCACCACGUUCUUUCCAGCUUUGCAAUCUUGUAAUGAUUUAAUGACCCACUGGACGUGUUGCAAGAGUGUAAUUGCAAUCAACGCAAUGCAGCUUGGAAGGCUGAGAGCAUGGCGGGCAGGACGGGGCCCCGUCUCAGCUGCUUUACGUGGAUUGCUCCAGUUGCCCCAAGUCGGCAAACGGGUACGCUGCGGCCGAACUGUGGCAGGUUUCCGUGGCAGGAUCGUGCAGAGCAGGCUGGAAGGGAGAUGGCUGAGUGGUCUGGCUGGACUCUGAAAUUAUUAUUUUGACUUUUGAUAGUUGCGACAUUUUGAGCAGCUGCACUGUGCCCCCGUAACUUGGUUUAGGACAAACCCACAAUGACCAAAACCAGCUUUUCAAACCAAACAAUUCAAAUCACAGGAAUUACCUAUAAUCUUUCCUGUUGAUUUGCAGGCAUACGUUGAUUUUUUUAAAUUAUUAUUUUAUUUUUAGGGAUUCAUGGAUUACUCUGAGGAUGCAGGAGGAUGAUGAGCAUUUCCUAGGCAGAACAGCCGGGUGGAGCUGGAGCCCGCAGCAGCGGGCCAGGCGGUACGGGGGUACCGGUGAGCCCCUGCGCGCCGUGCCGGGGCCGGGCCGGGCCGGCUGCUCCCCGGAACUCGAUGCCGGGGCCGGGGUUGUUACCGGUAACAGGGUCCCCCGGCGCGGCGCGGCGCGGCCCGGAGCGCUGCGGGGGUAGCACCGGCCGGAGCCGCCGGCCCUCCUCCGAGGCUGGCCCCGGUGUGCGGGCCAUGAGGGCCGGGCCCGGGCCGGGGGCGGCCGGGGGCUGCGGCGAGAUGGCGGCGGCGGGCGCCGAGCGGGAGCGGCAGGAGCGGCUGCGGGAGGCGGCGGCGCUGGGGGACGCGGAGGAGGUGCGGCGGCUGGUGGAGCUGGGGGUCAGCCCCAACUCCCAGAACGAAGUCAACGGCUGGACUUGUUUGCACUGGGCAUGUAAACGGAACCACGCUCCGGUGGUGGCUUACCUGCUGCACGCUGGAGCCGACAAGGAGAUCCUCACCAAGAAAGGAGAAAGGCCAGCCCAAUUAACGUCAAAGAAAGAGAUAAGGAAGAUGUUGGGAGUGGAGGAUGACAAACUCCCAGACUUAAACACAGAUGCAGAUCUGCCAAUCAUCCCUAAUUAUCUGGCUAACCCACCUUUCCCGUAUGUGUAUAACACUACGAGUAACAGUGUUCCAGAUCCCUCGGCGAAUGGGAGUAUCUCACACUCAGAGCUGCAAGACACCGACUCUUCCUCCUUACCCGACGUGGAGACUUAUGCACGUGUGCCACCGCGGCACGGGCACGCUGCUCCCGAGGCGGCCGAUGCCGGAGGCGCGCCGUCACUGCCCCGCGGGUGUACCGCACCACCGCGCUCCAAACCCAUCCUUCAGAGAGGGCCAGUGUUCCAGGGAUCUGUCUCCUGGAGCAGAAGUCCCCCUUCGCCAGCUGGAUUGAAUCAGUCUGUACCGCAGCCAGAGAACGGCUCCUGUUCGGGACCUGUGCCGGCGUUCCAGCCCGUUUUCUUCACAGGAGCUUUUCCACUGAAUAUGCAAGAACUGGUGCUUAAAGUUAGAAUACAAAACCCUAAUCUUAGAGAAAAUGACUUCAUUGAAAUUGAACUGGACAGACAAGACCUGACCUAUAAGGAACUGCUCCGAGUGAGUUGCUGUGAGCUGGGUGUUAAUCCUGAGCACGUACAGAAGAUCAGAAAAUUACCAAAUACAAUGUUAAGAAAGGACAAAGAUGUUGCAAGGCUACAGGAUUUCCAAGAACUGGAGCUUGUUCUAACAGUAAGCGACAAAAACUUACUUUUCAGAGUCCCAUCACUUUCUGAAAGGAGUGGUUAUAACAAGAAGGCAUCAGAACUUACAUACUAAUUGUUUAAUGAAUAAACCAAAAGAUUUGUAUCUCAUUUUAAAAUUACACUUGAAGUACAGUAUCUAUAAGGGCUAAUAAUGUGAAAAAAAUAUAUAUCUAUUUUGUUAACCUUGAAAUAAACUAGUUGUUAUGCACAGUUACAGCCUCUAGUUAAUCUAAGAGUAAUGAGUCUUGAUAUCAAAGUAGCUUAAUUCAAAGGAAGUAUUGGUAGAACUGUCUGUUAAUGCAACACUUUAACUUACAAAAAGAUAAUCUUCAAAUACUGCAGAGUUAGCAGCUCUCAGGGAAAGGCUUACCUUAAGCUGUUUUAAUAAUUUGUUUGCUAUAAAAUAGCAGAGGUACUCAAACUAAGAACCUGCCAUGAAACCCAUUUAAUAUUUGUACUGAGUCCAUUACCAUUAAUGUUCACUUUGUAGAUGGUGUCUUUUAAGUCAUAUCUUUCUUAGAAGGAAAAAAACAGAAGGGUUUAAGUCUGUGGAAGAAGCACAAAACUAUGUCUCAAGUGACUUACUACCUGUGAUUUCUUAAUCCCUGUUUAUGCUUUUCCCUAUUUCUCAGGUUGAAAAUAAAAAGCGGUAGUAAUUAUCCAAAUCAUAAAUAUGCUCUCAACCAAAAUCCCUUUUACCAUUGUCUGUCAAUAUAUAGUAUUGACACGUGCAAUAUAAAAUACUAUUUUUGUUACUGUAUUGACAACACAUUUCUCCAAUGCUGCUUUAAUUUCCCCUUUUAAAAGCACAAAAAUUGUAGUUUUAUUUUCCUCUUACCUCUAAAUUCCUCAGAAAGACAGCAUCUUGGACCUUUAAAGUUACCUGUGUAAAAAGAAACUAGUGAAAUGCCCAGGGUUUUCUGGGCUGACGUUAAAUCUUGAUGUUCCUAUGCAAUGUAUUUCCUUUCUUCCCAAUUACUUCUGUUUACCCAUGUUGUUUACUGGAAAAAACUAUUUUUCCUGUUACUUAAAAUUCAGAAUUAGACUAUGCUAUGAAAUUCUAGAAUAAAUAAAUGGAAAAGUAUUUAAGAGCUGGAUUUUACCUAAUUUUUGAGGAUUUUCAUAUUUACUCAGUCAUUUGCAUUUGAGGAAGAGGUUCUAUUCUGGUGGCCUACCGGCAGAUGUACUAUGAAUUAGAUGAGUGAACUAAAGUACGAGAGGUAACAGGCAAAGAGAACAUGCCAAACUGGAGCAAAAUUGCCUCUUAUUUCUUCAUCUUCCCCCUCCCUUCCCCCAGUUUCUUUCAAAACUACAGCAACCAAAGGAUUUUAUCGUUCUCUUAGCUAAGCAUUUACAGCCCGAGUUAGCUGUACGUUGUCUGCGGACCUGUAAACGGGAUUUAUAAAGCAGCACGCUGAGCAGGGAGCCCCCAAACCAGCUGGAGGGAAUGCUGAGGCGAGAGCUGCGUCUGAAGUGACCCCCCACGCGGAGCUGGGUGUCCAGCACAGCCCGGUCUCCCUUCUCGUUCUUCUCCCCGCAGCCGGGGCAGUCACCUGCGUGCCAGCUAAUGCAGCAAGUGGUACCCAAUUCACCUGCUCUCUCUCUCUCAUCCAGUGACUAGUCCUUUGUGCACAGGGAGCAGCUUCAGCAGCCGAGACUGAGCACACAAGAGGGAGCCCUCUCCCAGUCCGCCCUGUAGUCGGAUGGCCAGUGUUCACCUGGAAGCACAGAUCCAUGCAGAGAUCCCAAAUUGCCUGUGUGCCAGUUAGGAGACUGCGCUUCAGUCUCGUUCAGGCUAACAGUAGAACAUUCUGUCGCAACAGAAUACCCUCUUCUGAAAAGUGCUGGAGGUCACACAUGGUCCGAGUCAUUGGCAGUAUCUGUUUUCUAUACCAAACUGCUGGUGGUAUAUCAAAUUCUGUAUCAUGGAAUAAUACAAUUUGUUGUUCCACGUGUCGCACUGCCUGUUGCAUUCUCCCUGGCACACAGAACCGAUACAAGGGAGGCAUCGGCUGUUUAAACACCGGCUAAAUCCACGAAGGUGCAGGAUUAGCCAGUCAGACCUACUAGAGAAAAGCUCAGCAGCGGGGUUGAUGAUUUUGUUGUUCCACAUUAUCUCGCACAUGCUGGUUGCUAUCUAUGCAUUCCGAGGAGUAUUUUUAUACCUUGUGCAGUUUAUACACAGAAGAUACUAUUAACACUCCUAACAAUCUGAUCAGUGUAUAAUCAUUACAUUACUGUGUAUGAUAAAUAAUUCAUUACUUUGUGCUCUGCUAUAUGCAAUGUUAAUGUCAAAUGAAUGCUCGGCUGCAGAUUCUUGUUUUGGUUUAAGAAGUAUCAUUUGUAAGAAUUAAUAAAGGAUUAUUUUUGUCUUCUCAAA